GAAACACUUAAGGGGAGGAUGACAGGAGGUGAUUUGAAAGGUGAAACGUCAGAAUCUCCAUUCGGAAAAAACUAAAAAUUUGGGCUAAAUUGAUUUUAGACCUAAAAUUAUGGCAUAAGUCUAGUGUUAGAUCAACGAGUAGUUUGCCUUCAAGAUGAUUGGAGGCUUAUUCGUAUACAAUCAUAAGGGAGAAGUUUUGAUCUCCAGAGUCUAUCGCGAUGAUAUUGGUAGAAAUGCUGUCGACGCAUUUCGGGUUAAUGUUAUACAUGCCCGCCAACAAGUUAGAUCUCCAGUUACAAAUAUUGCAAGGACAUCAUUUUUCCAUAUUAAGAGGGCUAACAUAUGGAUAGCGGCGGUAACUAAACAAAAUGUCAAUGCAGCAAUGGUAUUUGAGUUUCUGCUCAAAAUUAUUGAGGUUAUGCAGUCUUAUUUCGGAAAGAUUUCAGAAGAAAACAUCAAGAAUAAUUUUGUAUUGAUUUACGAAUUGCUUGACGGUAAGAAAAAAAUAUUGCUACAAUAUGUUAUUACUAUCAUCGAAGUAUGCGCUGCGCCUGCUCAACGAUUUAUUCGUCCGAAAGAGGAACAAGCACAAAUAACAUCCCAAGUCACAGGUCAAAUAGGAUGGCGCCGUGAAGGUAUAAAAUAUCGUAGGAAUGAACUUUUCCUUGAUGUGUUGGAAUUUGUUAAUUUACUGAUGUCUCCACAGGGUAAGUAAUUAAUAUAUUUGAAUUG